GAACUAUAGUGUACUUUUUCAUUGCCUACAGCUUUAAGAAAUAUUCCACUUCGGAAAAUUAUACCAAAGUUUUCAUUUAAGAUUUUUCUCCCCCCGGUGCCCCAAUUACGUUAUAAUAACGUUGAAGCAAUCAGAGUGUUUAUUUUCGAUUUUUCGUUUGACAAGGGCUGGACCCUUGCUAAGUAACUGAAGUGCUUUUUUUAAUGACAAAAAAGGAUUUGUUUCUUUUAGAUAUGUAUAAAUUAUUUUUAUUGUGUGUUUUUGUGACUAUUUGGACCUAUGUUUCUUGUUAUCCAACCGGUGCUCCUUUGAAUGGAUACGGAUGCCAUGGACAUGUACGGCACUACAGGGAGGGGAGUUCAACGGAAAUAUAUCCUCCUCAAUAUACUGUUUCACCAUAUAAAAUUCUUGUGAAUACAACACAUGUUCAUAAAGGAGAUAUUGUUGAAGUAACACUCUACGGGCAGGGAAAGUUUGAUUUCUUCAAAGGAUUCAUUGUGCAAGCAUUUCCUGCCGAUGUAUUUGGAGAUAACCCAAGACCAGAGGGAACAUGGAUGCUUCGGGGCAGGUCCUCGAAAACCAUGGGAUGUCAUCAUAAUGCUGAUACAGUCACACAUACCAAUAACCAAUUCAAGGCAAAUUUGACGAUGUUAUGGCAGGCCCCAGUGGAAAACUUGAAAGACUUCCGAAUACGAGCGACCAUUGUUAAAGAUGCUAAAACACACUGGGAGGGAAUCAUGUCGCCGAUCAUAACAGUAGAAGCCCACAGAGAUAUACCAAUACCUAAACCCAAUCCAGUGACAUUCAUUACACCAGCGCCAACCACAAAGCCUGACACAUCAGAUCAGAAGAAGGAGAGUGAGAAGAAAGCUCUUUUAGAACAGUUGGCCAAUGAAGUUGGUGCUGAUAGUGCAACUGAACUCCUGGAACUUCUGAAAGCAAAAGUCCAAGAAAAGGAUGCAAAGGACAGUGGAGUACCAGUUGUUACAGUUCCACCAGUAAAGAAAGAUGAGGAGAUCAAGAAAAUUGCAAACAAUGACCCAGUAAAAGAACAGAAAGUAGAAAAAAUGUUGGAAGACACUAGUUUGUUAGGAAAAGUGAAAAACCUCUUUGGGGGUGGAGGAGGUGGACUUUUAGGAAAAGUGACUGGUCUCUUGGGUGGAGGAGGUGGAAUUAGUGGCAUGAUGAAAUAUUUGCCACUUAUGAUGGGUGUGAAAAAUUUAGCUGGAGGAGGGGGUGGGUUAGGUGGAAUGUUAGGAAAUUUGAUGGGAGGGGGAGGGGGACCAAUGGGAUUACUUGGAGGACUAAUGGGUGGAGGAGGAGGAGGGGGAGGGCCCUUGGGUGGAUUGUUAGGAGGAGGAGGUUCAUCAAACCCCAUGGCAGGUUUACUUGGAGGUGGAGGAAGCGAUCCACUUGCUGGUCUUCUUGGUGGAGGAGGCGGUGGAAGCAAUCCUUUAAGUGCUAUGUUUGGUGGGGGAGCUGGAGGGGGAAGUGACCCCCUUAGUGGUCUCAUAGGGGGUCUUGGUGGAGGAGGUACAGGGGGUGGGGGAGGAUUAGGAGGGUUACUAGGUGGAGGAAGCAAUCCUGCAGGAGGUCUUGGUGGAAUGUUAGGAGCACUAGGAGGUGCAGGAGGUGCACUAGGUGGACUCCUAAAUGGUGGAGCAGGACAAGGUGGCAAUUUGGGAACAGCAACAUCCUUAACACAGGGAAACAAUGGAUUGGCUGGAAUGCUUGGAAUUGAUCCUGGUGCCACACCAAACCAAGCACCAAGACCAGAAUUAGUGGAAGGCACCCAGUCAAGAGCACAACCAAUAGAUCCACUUUCAUCUAUGAUUAAAAGUUUGAGUGGUAAUGGUGGUCUCUCUGGAAUUCUUGGCAACUUGGGUGGAGGAGGAAAUACAGCUCAAAGACAACCAUAUAUGGGAGGUCAAAUGGGAGGAUUUGGACAAAAUCCCAUGGGAGGACAAAUGGGUGGUUCCAUGGGCUUCGGUCAGAAUGGAAUGGGAGGGCCACAAUAUAACCCUCAGUACCAGGUGAUGCAGCAACCUAAUUAUCCAUCCAACCAAAUGGGCUUUAGGCAACCUCAAUCUGGCUUUUCUCAAGGUAAUUUUGCACAAAAUGGACAAAACAGAAAUGUUGGACAGUACAAUCCAAAUACAGGCAUGAGCCCAAACCAGUUCAUGGGAUCUGGACAGAACAACUAUCCACAAAACCAACAAAAUUAUUAUCCUCAAAAUCAGAACAAUUACCCACAAAACUUUCAACAAAACCCAAACAAUUUCCAAACAAAUCCAAAUAAUUUCCAGCAAAAUCCUAACAUGCCACAGAACAGAAACUUUGGUCAAGGACAAAAUAUGGGCCAAAACCCUAACAGUCAGUUCAAUCCAAAUAGUGGUCCAAAUGCCAAUAACUUUGGUCAAAAUCAAAACAAUUUCAAUGCAAAUCAAAAUUUCAACCCAAAUUCAAACAAUAUGGGUACAAAUUCACCGAAUGGUCAAAAUCAACAACUUCCUGGAAAUAACAACAUUGGACCAACUCCCAGUGUAGGACCUAACAUGAACAUGGGAAAUUCACAAUUUCCACCAAACAACAUGGGUGGAGUACAGCCACCAAUUAACCCCAACACAGGACCAGUCAACAACAACCCACAACCACCUGCCCCUCAACCUAACCCAGUUGCUCCAGUUCAACCACAACCCCCAUCACAACCAUCGGCAUCAAAUGACCUUGACCUUAACAGCAUUUUUGGUGGUGGAGGUGAUCUGCCUGACCUUGGCAGUAUAUUUAAUGAAAUGGGUGGUGGUGAUGGAAGCAGUGGUGGUCCUGGUGGUGCCGGAGGUAGAAUGCCAGAUUUGGCAGGACUUUUGGGAGGAACAGACAUCUCUAAGUUAAUGGGAGAUAAAGGAAUAGAUAUGAACCAAGUGUCAGGAAUGAUGAACAGUCCCCAAGGUCAACAAAUGAUGUCUAAAGUCAAAGAAAUGAUGAGUGGACCCCAGGGAGGUCAGCUUAUGAAUGCUGCCAUGGGAAUGCUGCAAAAUGGAGGUGGAUUAGAUGGCAUAUUGUCAGGGCUGGGUGGGGGUGGAGGAGGAGGUGGGGGACUAGGGGCUCUAGCAGGCCUAUUAGGUAAAAAAUAAAAUUUUGGUGACAAAGCAGUUAUCACAAAUGUGCCAAUUUCAGAUUACUGUGCUAACAUUGAUUCCUGUGUGGAUCCUCAGAAAUAAGACUUAUCCUCUCCUCUGUAUUGUGUCAGAAUGUCAAAUAAAAACUGAAAA